AUGGGUGAUGAAGCUCUCCAAAGCAGCUUCUCAUUCAAGCAGCGGAGGCUCCUCACCAAGCGCGGGUGCUGGCUGGGUCGCACCGUCAGGCGGUGGUGCCAGGUGGAGAGAGAUGAGCUGGUGUACUAUGCAAGCAGAGAGGCCACAGUGCCAAGAGGAAGGGUUGCCCUCACAGAAUGUGCACUCGGUCGAGAGCAUGAUCAAUUUGAGGCAUGGCCGAAGGCACAGGCUCCCAUCUCCAAGACGCUCCAGCUUGCACGGCCGGGCAAGAGUCCCAUUCUCAUCAGUGGCACGUCGUCCGAAGAGAUGGCGUCAUUCGCUGCAUUCAUACUCAGCCACAAGAAGAAGCAGUCGCAGCCCGUGGCAGAAGCCUUGCCUGACUUGCCUGCUUCCGCGACGAUGCCAGAGAUACCUCCGAUAGGUCCUCAAUUCAUGCCAUACGUUCGAAGUCGCGAGCCGGAGACAACCUUGGCGCGAAUUGCAUCCCGAACAUCAGAGUGGUCUGCUCCGGUUCCAGAGGAGCUCGCAGACCGCGCCGAUACUUCACCCGGAAGCAGCAGCUCGACAUCCAAGGUCAGGCAGUCUCAAGCAUCUGUUUUUCAUGAAGUCGUGCACGGACUGGGUCCGAAGCUCGCUUACAGAAAGGCAAUGGAACUAAUGUGGAACUACGACUUGGAAGCAGCUUGCGUUCUCUUGGACCCCUGGAGAUCCUCGGUUCUCUGGCAUGCCGCAGCUUAUGCCGAGUGCUCGCUGUUGCGAACGAUUCUUACAGGCCGGAAAAGCGAUGCAAUCUCAACUCUGGAGCUGAUAAAGGCAGCAGAGUUGUUGCGAGACAGCCCCUCUUCGCUUUCGCACGACAUUUUCACCGCGGAGAUUUUACUAAUGCGGAGCUUGCUGCAAGUCAUGCUGGGGCAGCGCCUGCGGGCUUUGUACAACUUGCGACAGUCCUGGUAUGCAUACUAUCGCUUGGAACAGUUUCUGGAAAGUGACUCAGACCUUCGGGCAUGUGCCCGAGACGUUGACUGUGUCAUGACGUACGAGGACCUGCGAGGCCGUGUUCUGUUUGGUUUGGGCUUCUUCUACAUGGCCACUUCACUGAUUCCCACCAGUCUGGUGCCGCUGAUUCGCCUGGCCGGCUUCGUCAUGCACAGGCAACGGGGCAAGGUUUACCUCUUCGAGUGUGUCGAACGUGCUCUUGGCACUCGGUCGGCUCCUGCAGCCAUCCUGCUGGCAAUGUACCAUCUGGACUUGGAGCCUGACAUGAAGCACGCCGGCAACAUACUGAUUGCAAGCCUGGGUCGGCAACCGGAGAAUGCACUUCUGCAUUGGGCAGGCUCACUUCUGGCCUGGCGCAACACCUUCAUGGCGCAGGCCGUGUCCAUCACCAGCAAAGCGCUCUGGUGCUGUGGAGAGGAGCUGGGAGAAAAAGCUGUGUAUCUCAGGUAUGAGUUGGGCAUGUUCCACUUCAUUGCCAUGGAAUGGCCAAAAGCCCACGAGCACUUCAGCUGCGUGUACAACUCUGUGAACUCCGACAAGGUCUUCUUCCCUUACCGCUCCCUUGUCACCACCCAGUUGGCAGCUGUUGCCUUCAGCAUGGGUCAGAAUGAGCUGGGCGAAAGUUUGUGCAAGGAGUGCGCUGCCAUGCAGGACUGGAGUACCCUCUUGAAGCUAGAAUCCGACUUUGCACGAAUUCUACAGAUCUUCCUGCGGCGGAGACAAUGGCGGCGUCUGCUGGCCUUCGAAGUCAUGUACUUCCUGCGCCAAUUCCCGAAGGUUCCUGGCCACAUGCUGCUAGCCCUGAAGGAAAGUGUGCGGAAGGCGACCAAGCCGGUUGACGAAGACGCUGAGUGGCUGCCGGAAGGCGAGAACAGCGACAGCUGCAUCGUGGAGAUGGCCAGUGCGCUUACCAUCCAAGUCGUUAUUUGCUUCUACCUUGGCGAUGCUGAAGCGGCAAUGGUCUUCAUUCCAGACUUGUCGCAGCUGUGCCCUCGAUUGCCCGGUUGGGCGACGUAUCUUUCAGCCCACGGCCUGUAUUGGUGCGGUCGUAUCCUGGCACUCACGGGCAGGGACGUUGAUGCGCAAGCUUGUUUCCAGCAAGCAAAGUCGUACAAGAAGUAUCCCUUCAACAUCUCCGUAAAGAUAUCGAAGGUACUGGCAGAGCAUGAGGAGCAAAUGGCGCAGCAAGAGGAGCUGACGAGCAGCGCUUGCUGA